AACAUGUGUUUCUGUUUGUGUCUUGGGACAGGUUUCCACGUAGUAGAGGUGAUGUACGAUGAUGUGCCCAUCCCAAACAGUCCCUUCAAAGUGGCUGUAACUGAAGGCUGCCAGCCAUCUCGGGUCCAUGCCCAAGGUCCUGGACUGAAAGAGGCCUUUACCAACAAAUCCAACGUCUUCACUGUAGUUACCAGAGGGGCAGGAAUUGGUGGGCUUGGCAUAACUGUGGAGGGGCCAUCAGAGUCGAAGAUAAACUGCAGAGACAACAAAGAUGGCAGCUGCAGUGCUGAGUACAUUCCCUUUGCUCCAGGGGAUUAUGAGGUCAACAUCACAUACGGAGGAGUCCAUGUCCCUGGUAAGCGAUCCUCAGGUG